CAUUUUCAGAAUCUGUGAGAAAUGUAGAAAGAGAGAGAGAGGUAACGAGAAAUGGCGAAAGGGCCCUUCUCGUUUUAUCGGAAGAUCGGACGGCGCCGGCCGAAGAAGACGACGGACAUGCAAUUGCAGCCACUGAAUGCUCAUAGUAACGACAACGACAAUAACAACAAUAGCAGCUCCGUAGCCGUCGUCUCUGUAAAGGGCAAGAAGAAGAAUGGUGGGUCUCGGCUUUGGAUGCGAUUCGAUCGAUUUUGUCAGACUGAGCUGCUUGAAUGGGACAAGAAUGCCAUCAUCAAGCGUGCUUCAAUUCCAGCAAGGGAUUUGAGGAUCCUUGGCCCUGUCUUCUCUCAGUCUUCUAAUAUUCUUGCCAGAGAGAAAGCCAUGGUCGUCAAUUUAGAGUUCAUAAAAGCCAUAGUUACUGCUGAAGAAGUGCUGCUGCUUGAUCCUCUGUGUCAAGAUGUUAUCCCUUUUGUGGAUCAACUAAAGCAACAACUUCCACAUAAAAGCCCAUUUAGGAUUCAAGAGGCUGGCCUAGCAGAAAGCCGGUCUACACCUGGUGGACAGUGGUUGCCUGUUCCUGAAGCAACUGAAGGUCUACAACAUGAGCUUCCGUUUGAGUUUCAGGUCCUGGAGAUUGCAUUAGAGGUUGUUUGUACAUAUUUAGAUACUAGUGUGGCAGGUCUUGAGAGAGAUGCUUAUCCUGUCCUGGAUGAACUAGCGAGGAAUGUUAGCACUAAGAAUCUUGAACGUGUCCGAAGUUUGAAAAGCAACCUUACCCGUUUACUGGCACGUGUACAAAAGGUGAGGGAUGAGAUUGAACAUCUAUUAGAUGACAAUGAAGAUAUGGCACAGUUGUAUCUAACAAGGAAGUGGAUCCAGAAUCAGCAGUAUGAAGCAAUGAUGGCAGUGACAGCUUCAAAUAAUGUUGUCACUCUUGCACCUAACCCGCAGCAACUUAGUUCUAUUAGGAGUGCAAGUUUGGUUACUAGCAAUCAUACAGAUGAUCAUGAUGUGGAAGAUCUGGAGAUGUUGCUUGAGGCUUAUUUCAUGCAACUGGAUGGGACUCGUAAUAAAAUUUUAUCUGUACGGGAAUACAUUGAUGACACAGAGGACUAUGUUAACAUCCAACUUGACAAUCAGAGAAAUGAACUUAUCCAGCUCCAGUUGACGUUAACCAUAGCAUCAUUUGCCAUAGCUGUUGAGACCUUGAUAGCUGGAACUUUUGGCAUGAACUUAAAGUGCCAUUUGUAUAAAAUCCAUGGCAUCUUUGGCCCCUUUGUUGGAGGAAGCUCAGCAUUGUGUUUCUUGCUUUUUCAGUUAAUGCUGGGUUAUGCCAGAUGGAAAAAGCUGCUUGGGUCAUAAAUGAACCAACGGAAGGUUAUGUUUCAGCUCAAUCUUGGAGCUUCGCAUGGCCAGGACCUUCUCAAUCUGAAGAUCUGCAUUCAUUAUUCAGAGCUGCAAACUUGGCAAGCUUACCAGUGUCCUGAUGGUGCGAAUUCUGGAAAAUAAAGGCUACAGAGUUGAAUGAUGUCAUAUCAGACCUGCGGUUGUUGCAAUUCAGCCUACAGAAGUUAUAUGACUACUUGUAAGAGCUGUGAGUGAAUAGUCGAUGGUGCUG